GAUCAUGAGUAUGAAAACUUUACAGCAGCAGGAUCAAGGUGUGUGUGUGUGUGUGUGCUGCUCUCAGCUCACUAAAUGAAUGGAUCCUGCUCGUGUAUAGGCGAUUUUUCAAGAAACAUCUAAUUCUGGAUUCAAUGCAUUUAUUACUCGGGAUCAGUGAUGACUUGGCUUCUGAUGUGGGUUCUACUAUUUGCUUGUGUACCACAGAUUCACAGAGCAUUUGCCCAGGAUUCCUCUAAGAUGCUGUCCAUACCAGACCCCGGAGCCCCGGAGCCCUAUAACCGCACUCAGUACUGCCAGUGGCCCUGCAAAUGUCCUAAAACUCCCCCCACCUGUCUGCCAGGUGUGAGCUUGAUCAUGGAUGGCUGCGAUUGCUGCAGAGCAUGUGCCAAACAGUUGGGGGAGGUUUGCAAUGAGAAAGAAAACUGUGACCAUCAUCGUGGCCUUUACUGUGAUUACAGCGCAGACACGCCUAGGUACGAAAAAGGAGCAUGUGCCUAUCUGCAGGGCACUGGCUGUGAGCACAAUGGUGUGAUCUUUCACAAUGGCCAGAGCUUCCAGCCCAAUUGCAAAUACCAGUGUUUGUGUGUGAAUGGGGUGAUCGGAUGUGUCUCGCUGUGUAAUGAGUCUCAGCCCCCCAGAGUUUGGUGCCAGAACCCCCGGCGAAUUAAAAUCCCCGAACGCUGCUGUGAGCAGUGGAUCUGUGAUGAGUCUAGGAGGGGCCGCAAGACAGCACCAAGACACACAAUGGCUGCCCUGUCUAGUGUAAAGGACAACUGGCACAAGAACUGUGUGAGCCAAACAACCUCCUGGAGUCCCUGCUCAAAGACCUGCGACCAAGGUAUAUCUUUACGCAUUACUAACAACAACAAGCAGUGUCAGAUGGUCAAAGAGAGCAGACUCUGCAACAUCCGGCCUUGCAAAGUGGACAUCACAAAGCACAUCAAGCCUGGAAAGAAGUGCUUGAACAUCUACAGGGAGGAAAAGCCACACAACUUCACUAUCUCAGGCUGCACCAGUACAAACACUUACUGGCCCACGUACUGUGGAGUGUGUAUAGAUGAGCGGUGCUGCAUCCCUUACAAAUCUAAGACUGUUGAGGUCAACUUUCAGUGCCCGAACGGAUCCGGCUUCAGCUGGCAGGUCAUGUGGAUUAACGCCUGCUUCUGCAACCUGAGCUGUAAAAACCCCAAUGACAUAUUUACAGAUCUAGAACAGUACCAUGAGAAAGGUGAGGUUGGAAAUUGAAUGUAUGAAACCUUGCAGAAAAGUCAGUAGAAAGAUUAUUUGGGUGAAAUCCAUAGAUGUUUUCUUUUAAUUUUCUGAGCAAGAGUUCAUAUUUAAUUGACCAUCAUCUUUGGCAUUUAUUAUUAUUAUUAUUAUUAUUAUAUGAGACUUUUUCCUAUUGGAAAAACUGAAAUAAACCAAUAUAUCCUAAUAUAUUCUAUUUUAAGACCAUGUGGCCUAUUGCUACCAAAUUGAUCAUAUAUGCGGAGUUAUUUCAACCAAGAUUAUACUAUUUUUGUCCUAUUGUGACAAAUAAAUCCUUUUGUACAAAUGAUGUAACUAUAGAUAUGUAAAAAUACAAUAUCAACUUGACUUCUUUCGUUAAAAUCUUUAAUUUAUAGAAAUUCUAUAAAAAAAAAGAAAUGUAUAAAGAAAAGAAAUGUAUAUUGCUUUUAUAUAUUGAUAAUGUAGUUUUUGUAAUGUUGUGCCUUUUUCCACAUUUAUUCUCUUAAAUGACACUGUAGUCUUUGGUGUGAGUUUUGCCUUAUAAAGUUUGUAUAGACACAGUUGUCAUUAAAUGAUCAAAUAAACAGACAAAAAAAGA